CCCAAUUCAAACUCUAUAUGAUUACUUCACCCUAGAAACUUCUCACGAUUCCCACAAGAAUAUAUAAGCCUCUCGUCUGCUCUGGCCUCUUAUAUUACACAAAAAUCCAGCGUUCUUCCAUAUCCAGGUACGUCAUCUCUCAUGUUCAUCUUUAGUCUUCGCUGUUUUAGCUUCCAAUCGGAUCAAAUAUCGCAGACAAAAAUCAAGUCCGGAUUCAGUUUUCCAGAUAUGAAACACAAUGUUUGAUUCUCUCCUGAUUUUUUAGAUCCAUGUUUUUCAGGCCUGGUCUUUUCUAGUCAAAGUCUUUUAGCGUUGCAGUGUGGAGUCUUUUAUGUCCGAACAAGCCAUUCUCUAUUCCGGGACAAUUGGGCUACUUGGAAAGUAUUGUCCUAAGUCAAGGAAAAAGAAUCCUCAUUUUUCUGAUAAAAUCGAAUGUAUACAUCUCGGACCAUUUCUGGAGCAACUAGCAAACCAGUAUCUUUGUGCUGACAAUCCCCUUGAAGGCUUCUUCACCUUCCCAAAUUCCAAUCACUUAUUGCUCUGAUACUCGCAAACAUUUCAAACAUGGCGUUGCAGAACAUAGGUGCGGGUAACAGAGAUGAUGCCUUCUACAGGUACAAGAUGCCAAGGAUGAUUACCAAGAUUGAGGGACGUGGAAACGGUAUAAAGACUAAUGUUGUCAACAUGGUUGAUAUAGCUAAAGCUUUAGCCAGGCCGCCUUCCUACACAACAAAAUACUUUGGUUGUGAACUUGGAGCACAAUCUAAAUUUGAUGAAAAAACAGGUAUCUCACUCGUCAAUGGAGCCCAUGACACUGCCAAACUUGCUGGUCUUCUUGAAAACUUCAUUAAGAAGUAUGUUCAGUGUUAUGGAUGUGGAAACCCCGAAACAGAGAUCUUGAUCACUAAAAGCCAAAUGGUCCAACUGAAAUGUGCUGCCUGUGGUUUCAUUUCUGACGUCGACAUGAGGGACAAACUGACUUCGU